UCCAGCAUUUUCCUAGCAUCUUCCAUAACCCUUUCAACACACGAGGGUAUUAAGAACUUAAGAUCAUUUGACAGUAAAAUAGUAUAAAUAGGAAGGUGAGGCUCUUCUCCAUGCAGAGAAAACAAGAAAUACAACUUACUUCGAUUCUUCUUUUCCCUCUCUAUAUUCUACACAAAAGAAUUGAACAAUUUUACCUCAAACCCUUCGGAUCCCACUUCCACUACAACGCAAAACAUCAUUGUUCAGCAACAUGUAUCUCCUCACAAUACUUCAAGCCUUUGUGACUAUAACCCUAGUGAUGCUUCUCAAAAAACUGAUCACGAAUCGAAACAAAAAGAAAAUUUCUCUCCCACCAGGUCCCACCGGAUGGCCAAUCAUCGGAAUGAUUCCAGCGAUGCUAAAGAGCCGUCCCGUUUUCCGUUGGCUCCACAGCAUCAUGAAGCAGCUAAACACCGAGAUAGCCUGCGUGAAACUAGGAAACACUCACGUGAUCACCGUCACGUGCCCUAAGAUAGCACGUGAGAUACUCAAGCAACAAGACGCUCUCUUCGCCUCAAGACCUAUGACUUACGCACAGAACGUCCUCUCUAACGGCUACAAAACCUGCGUGAUCACUCCCUUCGGUGAACAGUUCAAGAAAAUGAGGAAAGUCGUGAUGACAGAACUCGUUUGUCCUGCGAGACACAGGUGGCUUCAUCAGAAGAGAGCAGAAGAAAACGAUCAUUUAACCGCUUGGCUAUACAACAUGGUCAAGAACUCUGGAUCAGUCGAUUUUCGGUUCGUGACUAGGCAUUACUGCGGAAACGCUAUCAAGAAGCUUAUGUUCGGAACAAGAACGUUCUCUGAAAACACCGCACCGGACGGUGGACCGACCGCAGAGGAUAUCGAGCAUAUGGAAGCUAUGUUUGAAGCAUUAGGGUUUACGUUCGCUUUUUGUAUCUCUGACUAUCUACCUAUGCUCACGGGGCUUGAUCUUAACGGUCACGAGAAGAUUAUGAGAGACUCGAGUGCUAUUAUGGACAAGUAUCACGAUCCAAUCAUUGAUGCAAGGAUCAAGAUGUGGAGAGAAGGAAAGAGAACUCAAAUCGAGGAUUUUCUAGACAUUUUCAUUUCGAUCAAAGAUGAACAAGGAAACCCAUUGCUUACCGCCGAUGAAAUCAAACCCACCAUUAAGGAGCUUGUAAUGGCGGCACCAGACAAUCCAUCAAACGCCGUCGAAUGGGCCAUGGCGGAGAUGGUGAACAAACCGGAGAUCCUCCGUAAAGCAAUGGAAGAACUCGAAAGAGUUGUCGGAAAAGAAAGACUUGUCCAAGAAUCCGACAUCCCAAAACUGAACUACGUCAAAGCUAUUCUCCGUGAAGCUUUUCGUCUCCAUCCCGUCGCCGCCUUUAACCUCCCACACGUGGCCCUUUCCGAUGCAACCGUCGCCGGAUAUCACAUCCCUAAAGGAAGUCAAGUCCUCCUUAGCCGAUAUGGGCUGGGCCGUAAUCCAAAAGUUUGGGCCGAUCCACUUAGCUUUAAACCGGAGAGGCAUCUCAACGAGUGCUCCGAAGUUACAUUGACGGAGAACGAUCUCCGGUUUAUCUCGUUUAGUACAGGUAAAAGAGGUUGUGCUGCACCGACUUUGGGUACGGCGUUGACGACGAUGAUGCUCGCGAGACUUCUUCAAGGUUUUACAUGGAAGCUACCGGAGAAUGAGACACGUGUUGAGCUGAUGGAGUCUAGUCAUGAUAUGUUUCUGUGUAAACCGUUGGUUAUGGUCGGUGAGUUGAGGUUGCCUGAGCAUCUUUAUCCGACGGUGAAGUGAAACCACGGACGGCGUAUAUACUUUAAAUAACUCUAUGUACUUAUAUAACAUCAUCUAAGUUUCGUCAAUCUCCGGUUACCAGAAGAUAAUCGGUCAAUUUCUGAUCGAACUUGUGUGUGGUUUUGUUUCCUUUGGGGACACUUGGAAGUAUUUUUUUCUUUUAAAUUUAAUAAAACUUGUUCCUUUUUUUUAA